UGGGAAGCAGAUAAAGAUGCCAACGAUUGUAGACGAUGUAAAAGACGAUUUAAUUUCCUCGUUCGACGACAUCAUUGUCGACGAUGUGGGCAAGUGGUAUGUGAUAGGUGCUCGACCCACCGAGCCAAUAUGGCCCGAUCACAGAUUGUACAGGACCCAAGUAUACCCGGCUGGCAGCAAGUUCAGAUGGCAAGCCAACCUCAAAGGAUUUGUGAUAAAUGUUAUUCAGAAAUGCGACCCACCGUCAGUUCCCGUUCUGCCACAGCGCCUCCUAUGCAGCCACAGCGCAUACCUGGCCACUCUGGCCAUAUACGCAAAUCUUCCAGCUCACAAAGCAUUAUGAGCGAAUGCCCGGUAUGUGGAAAGAGGCUUUGCGAUAUCAGCUUGAACAAAUCUGCGCAAGAAGAACAUGUCCAAACUUGCCUCAAUGUUGGCAGUCCUUCAGUGGCUACUGUUCGUUAUGUUUCAUAUAAAUUACCAGAACAAUCACCAUUAAUAGGACAAGAAUGUCUCAUCUGUUUCGAAGAAUUUGAAUCAGGCGAUACAAUUGCAAGACUGACAUGCUUGUGCUCAUAUCAUCGCCAUUGUAUAAGAGAAUGGUUGGAGAAAGGCAAAGGUUGCCCAUUGCACGUUCAGAUAUCGAUGGGUCUUUGA